CAUCAUUUCCAAGAAGUACAUAGUUAAUUUAUAAAAAGAAAAUACAGAACGUUGGCAAAAAUAAUUCGUAUACACAGAACUCUGCAACUGUAAAGCUAAACGCUCGCUGCUUUUCCCACUCCAUCAACAAUGGCAAGCCUCUUCAGCUACCGUGACUCGUGCCCUUCUGUGAAGAAUAUUCUUCUUCUGGACUCUGAAGGAAAGCGUGUGGCUGUCAAGUACUUCUCAGAUGAUUGGCCAACAAAUGGUGCAAAGUUGGCUUUUGAAAAAUCUGUGUUCACUAAGACUCUGAAGACAAAUGCUCGGAUAGAAGCGGAGAUAAUGAUGUUUGAGAGCAACGUUGUUAUAUAUAAGUUCGUGCAGGACCUUCACUUUUUUGUGACUGGAGGUGACGAUGAAAAUGAACUGAUUUUAGCCACAGUUCUCCAGGGAUUUUUUGAUGCAGUUGCCCUUCUCUUGAGGAACAACGUUGACAAACGUGAGGCACUAGAGAAUCUGGAUCUUAUACUUUUAUGUUUCGAUGAGAUUGUUGAUGGAGGGAUGAUUCUCGAAACAGAUCCAAGCAUUAUUGCAGGAAAGGUGGCAACUCAUACCAUGGAUGCAGAUGCACCCUUGUCUGAGCAGACCAUAACACAAGCAUGGGCAACAGCACGGGAGCAUCUAACCAGAACCCUUCUCAAAUGAUGUGUUUUUGCGCGCAGAGAGAAUCAAUUGGCUUCACUUUUAGUUUUAUUCUUUUUCUGCUGAGGAAAUUUGUUUCAUAUUUUGACAAGGUCUUGUUACCUUCCUUCAUAAUGUAGAGUAGUUGGAUAUUGGUCAAUGGGUUCUUUAUACCAUUGUUCAUUUUUUUUGGGUUUCAAUCUUGCAUUGGAUUAAAUAAAGAUUAGUGUUAUUCACACUCAUCUUUUUAGUUCCCGCA